CUUGGACUCUCGAAUAGUGAUGUUACAUGCAUCCCAUCCUUUUUCAAGAGAAGCAUCACAUUUGGCAUCCAUAUAUCAUCAGGUUUACCUUGAUUUUGGUUUGGCAAUUCCAAAGCUUAGUGUCCAUGGCAUGAUAUCAACAGUGAAAGAACUUUUAGAGUUAGCGCCAAUAAAAAAGGUGAUGUUCAGCACCGAUGGAUAUGCAUUUCCUGAAACGUUUUACUUAGGUGCAAAGAGGGCACUAGAAGUUGUUUUCUCUGUUCUACGCGAUGCAUGCAAUGAGGGUGAUCUCUCAAUUCGUGAAGCUCUUGAAGCUGUUACUGAUAUCUUUUCUGAAAAUUCAAAAAAAAUCUACAAGAUUGAUAGUGAUGCGACAUCUAGGGUUCUUAGACAUGUUUUUGACACCUUAAAAAAUUCCAAUAAUCAGGAGCUUAACUCUACACAACAAGAGAUUGUUCUUGUUCGUGUUUUAUGGAUAGAUGCUUCCAGACAACAUCGAUGUCGUCAUGCGCUUACAUAUUUUGCUACUGAUAUAGGCUUUGUACUUUAUUUGUUUGAUAUUGCUAUUAUUGGUGGAAAACCAUUGUUGAAGUUAAACAAGAUUCUAAGUCCUGGGGGUGUUUUUAUCUGCUCUGCUACACCAGUCAAUCGUGAUGAUGAAAGAGAUAAAAAACCAUGCAUGGCUGUUCUGACUGAAUCUAUUUGCUAG